AUGGUCGAGCUGGACACGAAGAAAUUCCGGAUUGCCAAGUCGGCUACCGAGCUGGAGAUUGAAAGCGAGCGCUUAGAAGGCGAGCUGGAGAUGCUGAAGGAGCGACUGGCCGAUCUGGAGGCGCAGGGGUUGGAGGGCGAUGAACCGACGCGCCGCGAGCGCGAGAUGGAUGAUGCGACGCUGCUGCGAUUGAAAAUCUACCGGUCCUUGGGCGUGGAUAUCGAGGCGGACGAUGCAGGCAACUUCACCAAGGCGGUGAUCCGCAAUAGUCGCAAGGGCGAUGUGCAUGUGGUGAACAUUGACCCGAAGUUCUCGCGGUUCUUCUAUUCGAACUACUUCUGGUCGACGAUGCAGGGACCUACUCUUCAACUCUCUCCUCACAAGCUCCCUCUCCUCCUCACUCAACCCACUCACCCUCCCGUCCCUAGCAUACAGCAAUGGCUUCUCAAACGGAAACAACCGUUCCACGACCCCCAGCACCUCCUCCCACCUCUCCUCCCCGACAUCCCACAACUCAAACCACCUCCUUUGCAUAACCUCCAUCCUCUCCACCACAUCAUCUAUGCCAGGCACUUCUUCCCCAUCCCACUCAACGCCUCCCGCACGCCCCUCGUCGCCUCCCUGGGACUAACCAGCAUCCCGAUGACGCCUGUCCCGCGCCACCCCACCGGCGCCGACGAGAACGUCCCCUCGAGCUCACGGACGAUAUUGGGCCCAAGCUUCGUCUUGAGCGCCUUGCAUUGCACAAGGACGCGCGGUGGGUGCUCGUGUGCGGGGAGAUGCCAGGUUCCGACGAGCUUAGCUCUUCCACUUCUUCACUCUCCACCAUUACCAUCACCAUCACCAACCAUCACCUCUACAACUAUUCUCACAACUACCCUAUACACCUACGCCUACACCCCACGCCUAUACUACAACCCCGCCACCACCUUUCAAUCACAAUUUGGAACACAAAAAGGGAGAAAGGAACCCAACAUGGCAGACAUCUUAACCCAACUUCAAACCUGCCUCGACCAGCUCGCAACCCAAUUCUACGCGACUCUAUGCUACCUAACGACCUACCACGACAACAUCCCCGCGACGCCGCCUCCCACAAGCACAACCCCCAGCGCCGCGCCCCUACUAGCAAAAAUCCCCAAGAACGCAUCUACCCCCCCGGUCCCAGCGUCCGCGCCCCAAGCAGCACAAUCCCAAUCGCAAGCCUCGCCACCACCACCCGACACCGCAAAUCCCCAAACCGGAGGGCAGCAUGCAGAUCAACAGCAACAAAGCCCAGAUGGUGAAGGUCUACCUGCGCCGGACAGCCCCGCUACAUUUGCAGCCAGACAACGGGAACUAGCGCGCGAUCUCGUCAUCAAGGAGCAGCAGAUCGAGUACUUGAUUAGUGUGUUGCCGGGGAUAGAUAGUAGUGAGGCGGAGCAGGAGAGGCGGAUCCGGGAGCUGGAGGGGGAGUUGAGGAUUGUGGAGGGGGUGAGGGAGGAGAGGAGACGCGAGUUGGGGGUGUUGAGGAGGAGGUUGGAGGGUGUUUUGGGGGUGGUGGAGAGGGGGAUUUAUUCUAGGGAUUAG